AUGCAGCGACGCGUGCAGCGGAUUCUUGCUGCGCCGCACCUGAGACAUCGCUUCCGAGGCAACCGAUUCCAGGUCUCCAUAGCCACGAUCGUGCAGAAGGCCGACAAUGUCCUUCCGUGCUAUGUCGUGGUGCAGAAUCAAAUCCGCCCCCAAGUGGAACAAGCAACGGGACGCUGCGAAGCGACCUCCAACUUCACCCACACGCUGAAGUGGACUUGGCAGGACAAAGAGUACUCCAGCGAGGGUAAACAUCGAAGUAAACGUGGUGCCAAGAACGAAGCUGCGCGACAAGUCCUUAGAUUCCUCAUCGAUGAGGAGGCAUCAACUCUAGAUCCGCGACAGAACGGAGCCGUUGCGCAAUGGGCGAUUGGGUCUUUGAGUGAAGACUUGGAUGCCACCUUGGAAUGCAAAGAGGACGAUGAAACAGGUGGCUCGCGGCAGCAAAGCCAUACCUGCACCUGGACCUGUCCCCAGAUCGAGGGUGAAGUCGUUGCCACUGGCUCGGCGCGAGCGGCGACGGAGUCGCGGAGGAACGCUUUCGCUGCCCUCUACCAAAGCCUCCCAAGCGCUUUGGAGGAGAUCUAUCUGCAGGUCAAAGCCAAGCCUGCUGCAAGCAAUGAGGAGGUCAGGCCUGUCAACAAAGCUCGACAUGGGGAGAUCAACACUAUGCACAACACCGCUACCCAGAAGCUUCAAAUCAAGGCUGCUUGGGAUUUCCAUGUCCACACACCCGGACAAGUUGAGUGCACCCUGACAUGGACGUACUAUGACUAUGACCAGGCGGAGAUGAAAACUGUACAGGUAAGCGCUGUGGAACGAUCCAAGGCUGCAUCCAAGGCUGCCGCGAACCAGAAGAUGCUCAUCAAUCAGGGUCAUUUGGUGGAGAUCCCUUCCGCACAGCAGGAAGCCAUUGACGAAGUUCAUCUGGCAUUGAGGGAACAACGCGUCCAGGAUGCUUACGACAAGACGAUGUCUCUGCUGGAUCAGACGGAACCAGUGGCAUGGUCUUUCUUUCUGCCACACGUGUUCCGUGCGGUCUUGGGGGAAGGCGACCUUGCAUCUAUGCACGAGCUGCUGGGUAACGCUUUGCGGCUUGUCCAAGACUCUGGAAUGCCCGUGGAGCUGUGGGAAUCCUUGCUGGAUGAGGCCAGCUUUUCCGUGCGCCACUACUUCAUGGCAUCCCCAGCCUUGCGCCAGCUUGGAGGCGCCACGCUUGCGGACUCCUUCCCCCGCGCGCUUGAGAAGGACUACUUCCGACGGUUCAGGCACCUGCUGGCAUUGGAACGCCAUGGAGGGCUGAUGCACGGUAUUCAGCAAUAUGAGCUUGACCUCGACGGGCAAGCGGGUGUUCCGACCCUGGAAGUGCAUCAUUUCGAGGCCAGUCAGGUCGUGUUGACGGCACCACCGGGUACCGAAAUUUUCGCUAUGAUGGAGGGCCAUCGCUCGUUGAAGCCGGCGGAUUUGGUGCUGCUCGUUCCCAGCGAGGCUGCAGAAGAGCCGUCAAGAAACGAUGCUACCGACACAGAUGCCGAGAUGGGAAACAGCACAGGGUGGCAGCACCCGGAAGCUUGGCUGGCCAUCGUGACAAGCUUGGCUGGCAAUCCAGCUUUGGAUGAAGAGGUGAAGCUGCACCUCCGCCGAAUCUCAGACUUUGGUUCCGACAUCAGAGGCGCAGAGGUGAACGAGCGGCAUCCCAGGGCAUCACCCAUCACGAUCGGUAGGCAGUUCCGUUUGUACUUCCUCGCAUUGGAGACCCCGAUGAGUCGGCAGUUGGAUGCGCUCCGUAACCUAACACAAGUCAAGCUGCCGGUGUUCAGCGAGAAUUUCGACGGCCUGAAGCCCGAAUAUGCGUUUUCGGAUGCCAUUCGCGAAGUAAUUCUGGCAGAAGCCGAUGAUGCGCGAUUUUUGGCUGAAGAAACUGCGCGAGGCGGGCUCAGCCAGGAGCUGGCUGCACAACACCUUGAGAGACUGGCCGCAGAGCAGCCGCUCAUCGAGUCUUUGACUCCUUCGCAGCGCGAGUCUGUCACAAAGUCGCUGCAGCAGCGGCUGAGCCUGAUCCAAGGUCCACCUGGCACAGGGAAAACGCACGUGGCCUGUGCCAUCCUGGCAGUUUGGGCGUCCAUCUUCGCACCACUGGGAGAGCGCAUCCUGGCAGUGGCCGAUUCGAACGUGGCGGCAGACAACCUUUUUGUAAGAUUGAACAAAAUGGGAAUCCACAGUGUGCGGGUUGGACAGGGCAAGCAGGCCGAAAAUGAUAUUGCCGAAAUGAGGAGACAGCUUCCGGCGGCCACGGUGGUGGUGGCCACAUGCAUUGGCAGCGGCACAGAGAUUCUCAAAUUUAAGGGUUUUGGCGGAUCAUUUCAGCGCGUCCUGGUCGAUGAGUGUACUCAGGCGUGUGAGCCAGCAGUGCUCGUGGCUCUCGGGCGGCGAUGCGAGCAGGUGGUCCUGAUUGGUGAUCACGCUCAGCUUCCCGCCACUGUGCUAUCCAAAGCCGCAAGCCACGAGGGUUUGAGCACUAGCCUUUUCGAGCGAAUGGCAAACCAAAAUUGCCUUGAGCCCACAGUCCUCUUGGAGCAGCGGAGAAUGCACAACUCCAUCGCAGAGUUUCCCAACAGUGCGUUCUAUGGAGGUAGAUUGAUAAAUGCCGCAGAUGAUGCAAAGCUGACCGCAAUACCGGGCUUCCCAUGGCCAAAUCCGGACUGCAGAGUCUGCUUCGUAGAUGUGGCAAAGGGCCCCUCCAUGCUUGAGAGCCGUCGUGGCUUCUCAGCUUUCAACGUUGCCGAGGCGGAAACCCUGGUCGAUGUGUUGCAUGGAAUCAUCCGUGCUGGCUACCCUGAAGAUCAGAUUGUGGUGCUGACUGCUUAUAUGGCACAGAAGCAGGAGAUAAUUCGCGUGCUGCGUGACCGUGGGCUUGGCCGCUACUUGCACCACGUCGCUGUCGACACUGUGGAUGGUUAUCAGGGAAUGGAACAGGGGCUUGUGCUCUUCAGCGCCACGCGCAGCAACGAGUCUCGCGCUUUGGGAUUCUUGGCAGACACCCGGCGGAUGAAUGUGAUGCUGACUCGUGCCAAACAAGGUCUCAUCGUUUUCGGAAAUGCGGACACACUUCGUUUGAGUGAAGCCGCGCAUUCGAGAUGGCCAGACUGGCUUGCGUGGGCCGAGAGCAAGACGGCGGUCCUUUCAGCCGAUGAGCUCGCAGAGAGGAUCCAGACCGAUACGCGCACAGAGGACGCCACGCGCCCCAGCGAAGAUCUGCAAGGUGAAUCGGCGGUUCCUCCGCCAGCCCAAGCUCAACCCGGUUCGGUUUGGCAGCAAGUUUACUCUGAAGAGUAUCGCCGACACUACUACUGGAACACGGAGACAAAUGCGACUCAAUGGGAGCAGCCGCAGAACUUUGCUCCGGCAUCCUGA